GUGUUUCUUGACGUUUUGGUUCAGCGAAUUACGGCAAAGUUACGAGGAAAAGGAUGUAUUUCCUGUUCUGAAACAAACGACUGAGAAGCUAAAGGAUAGCGAUUCAUCGAAAUUGACCUCUGACUUGACGCCCAGUCUUUCCGGGAAAAACACAAUUAUAUAUUGAAGAGAUAUUUCCUAACAGGGGAAGACUAAGUUUUCAAGUGCACAACAUCUUCUUUCUUCUCUUCUUCUCUGUAGUGGGUCCCAGAACCCACUUUCCUGAGCCGAGACAAGAAGAUUAACUAAAUGCGGAUACAAGUUAUACUCACCCAGAUCAACACUUCCGCGUGAUACUUAGUGAAGACUUGAGCGCUCUCCAACAUCCCCCUCCCUCAGGUUACAACUUGUGGACAACCUCAGUGGGAAGUUUUCCAUAAAGGUAUCAUACCUUCAUGGAAAAUAUGGCGAAUGAAGAUAUCGAUAAAUUUUGCGAAGAUGGAUUGCUCCUGAAAGAUUACAAGAAGCGUUACAAGGAAUUCUUUACUAGCGUGAAAAUAGCUACAAGAGGGAAAAAUACUAUCAAAGAUAGCUCUUGUUACAAACUUGAAACUUACCAUGACACGUACAGAUAUCGAAAGGCGUUACUGAAGGUGUUCAUUGACAAGAAGAAGUCGGAAAACUUCAAAUUGACCCAUAAAACGAUACCACAGUUUUUUCGCGAGCUUGAAGGUUAUACAUACGCAGAAGAGGCUGCAGAUAAACGCAAGGAAAGUGAAAGCGGAACUUCUCUUGUUAAUAUUUUUGGGCAGGAUGAUUUCAAGGUAGAGGGUGUUGUUAUCCGAAAGACAAACCGGGAAGCAUGGAUUUUGGUGAAUAAAACCUGCAUGUUUAAUGGAAAAAAGGAGUAUGAAAAAGUCGAGCUUCUUCUCGACCUUGAAACGUUUGGCGCAGAUGAUGUCAGCAGAGCAUUUCUUAAAGUGGGUGACAUUCUUGAGAUUGCAAAAGGUCCCAAAGGAACUGAAAUAGCUCUGGAGCCAGAAAUUAUUUGCUGUUACAAAUUAUCUGAGAAAGAGAUUGAAGCAUUUCUCAACCAUGUGCAUAGGGUAAAAAGUGAUGGGUCAUCUGCUGCUACAGCUGAGCUGCUAAGGUGUCAUGCUUUUUGGGAAUACAUCCUUCAACAUCCUUGGGAAGAUUAUAGCAACACAACCAAGAAAAAUUUUGCCCACAAUGUCUUACUUAUUAUUGAUAAGUUAUGCUCCAGUACUCAGAGAGGAAUGCUACCAACUGUUCAAGGAAUUGUUCAAGAAUUUUCAAAGAGUGCCUUCUUCAAAUUGGUCCUUCCUGAAAUAGUUGAGAAUUUAGCCAAAGAAAAUUGUAUCAGUGGAUCCUUCAAAGUGGUGCAGAAUGUUCUAGAACAUGUCCUAAAUGUUUCACCUUCCUCUGGUCGAAGAGUUCUACCCAUGGCAAAAGUUCUUGCUGAAAGCUUAGUGAACAGCUCUUGUGGGAAAUCUGCUGUAGACUUCCUGGAAAAGUUGUCACUGAUGGUUGCCAUUGCAGUGCCAGGGGUCCAUGCAGAUCUUGAGGCUUUUUCAUGGAGAGAUCUUCCCUUGCUGCUACUGAGUGAAGAAAUUCAUAAAGAUUCAACAAAAUCUAGAAAAACCGACUUACCAGUGAUCAAGAAAGAAGGCAAAUACCACUCAGAAAAAGAAUACUUGAACACUUACUUCACACUUCUAAGAGAGGAGUGUUUUCACAAGUUGAAGAAUGGAGUUUCACAGUUUUUGAGCAAAGGAAAGUGUGAUUCAAAAGAAGUGAUGAUGUAUAGGAUUACUCUGAAAGGACUACGCACUCUUAAACGAGAAAACUCUCCAACCACCAUGUCAAUUGGAUUGCAAUUUACUGUUAACUCAGAGGAAAGGAUUGACUGGGGAUCUGCAAGUUGGCUUGUAUAUGGAAAUCUACUGUGCAUUUCUUGUGAUGGCUCAUUUGAACAGCCUGUUUGGGCUGUAGUGGAAAAGGUAGACCAUGAACAAAGAGUGAUAUGGGUGACACUUUGUGGUGAUAAAACAAACAACAUAUCAGAGGCAGAAUUUGUAAUCAAACUACAAGGGAUAACGGAUAGUGGGAAAGAAGCUCACAUGGCUGAAAGCCAGACAUUUUACCUGUCUUUUGGUCCGGCUAUGGAUAUUUUGCAACACAAAGAUUCUGUUCCAUUCAAGGAUUUCUUAGUUCAUCCAGAGGCCAAUCACAUGUGUCAAGCUGAGUACGUUCGUAAAAUAGAAGCUCCUCCUGACUGGGGAAUCAUGUUUGAGUCUCCACCAAAGUCACAUGACCACGAGGAAUCUUCAGUGUACUCACUUGUGGAUGACUUUGAAAGGAUAAAAUUAUCAAAUAUCAAGGCAAAACUAGAUGAUACACAACUCGAUGCCAUUGACCUUGCACUUAAGAACAAAGUGGCUUUAAUUCAGGGACCUCCAGGAACUGGGAAAUCUUUUGUUGGUGUGUCUCUUGUUCAUUUGUUAUUGUCAAUGGAUGUACCGAAGACAUUUGGACCCAUUUUUGUUGUCACUUACAAGAAUGACGCUGUCGACCAUUUCUUGGAAGGGUGUCUAGAUUUAUCGCGUAAGCCCAGAAUUGUCCGUGUUGGAAACUCAUCAAGAUCAGAAAAGUUGGAGGACUGUCUCUUGUCUAACAUAAAGUCAAAGUUUGUGUGGUCUGAAGUUCUCAAAACGCAGAAAGAAAAACUCAGAAGUCAACUGCAAAAUAUGCAACAUCACGUGAAAGAGGCAUACUCGAAGCUUCAGGGUUCCUGUGUUUUUAAUGCUGAUAUGUUCAUCCAGACAGUAACUGAAAAACAGGUCAGGGAGCUCCUGAUAGAAUCAAAUGACCAAGCGGAGGUGGAUAAGCUACUCAAAGAGAGAAACAUGGAUGGGUCAUAUAAAUCUCACUUGAAAGAAAAUCUCUCUUUAAGAGAGGCACUAGAGGAGUGGCUUCCUGGACAAGAAGAAUUUGAUCGGUUUGUCAGGGGGAACGGAUUCCCAGGAACGAGUAGCAAACCGUCACAUUCAGUUACUGACGCAAAGUCAGAGCGCACAAGAACUAAAAAGCGAAAACUGGAUCAAGAACAGGAAAACCCCGAUGACUUCAGAGAGCCUUCUGUGGAGGAAGAUGAGCGGAUUUCCUCAGCCUUAGAGUACGAGUUUCCUGAUGAUACGCAAGACAUUUCUGACACCAGCACACAUGACUCAUUUGGAGAACGAAAACUUAUUCUCAUGGAUGAGGGAAAAGUUGACCCCUCCAUAAUAUGCUCAGAUGAAAGAAAUAUCUGGGUUCUCAAUCACCAUGAAAGGAUUCAGCUAGUGUAUGCUCUUCAAAGCUUGUAUGCUGAGAGGGCCCGUAUGGAGUUUCUUGAUGUGAGCAGGGAGGCCCAGGAGAAACAUCACCAGUAUACAACGUUGAGAAAUAAACAUGAUAUCGAUGUGAUGAGGCAAUGUGAAAUCAUUGGUAUGACAGUGACUGGUGCAGCCAUGAGAGCCAAUCUGCUGGAGGAAAUAAAGCCAUCAGUUAUGAUAGUAGAAGAAGCUGCCGAAAUCUUAGAGGGACAACUUGUGGCAGCUAUCCCGCCAUCCGUUCAACACCUUAUCAUGAUUGGUGAUCAUCAGCAGCUGAAACCUGUGGUACAAAACCCCAGACUCCGAAAGACUAAUAACCUUGAUGUCUCCAUGUUCGAGAGACUUGUGAACUGCAACAUUCCUUUCAAGCAGCUUGAGUAUCAAUGCCGAAUGAGAGACGACAUUGUUGAUUUGCUCCGAAGGCUAAAAAUCUAUAAGGAGCUUAAAACAAGGACGGAGCUAAUUCGCAACAAUGAUUUUCCACAUUGUGUGGAGAAGAGCAUGUACUUCUGCCGCCACACAAGGGAGGAGAAACCAUCAAAAGAUUCCCACAGCAAACGAAACGUCCACGAGGCCAGGAUGAUCACGGAAGCUGCAAAAACGUUUUGUCAACAGGGAGUUCAUCCAUCUAGAAUUACAGUACUUUGCGCAUAUCGAGGACAGGUCACUGAAAUAAAAGAUUUCUUCCAAUCCACAAAUGUUGAGAAAAUGGGUGAGAUUGAGGUGACGACGAUAGACGCUUUUCAGGGGCAGGAAAAUGACAUCAUUCUCGUUUCUCUGGUCCGCAGUAACAAUGAGAACAAGAUUGGUUUUUUGUCACAAAAGAAUCGUAUUUGUGUGGCAAUUUCACGAGCACGUUGUGGCUUGUAUCUCUUUGGUAAUCAAGCUCAAUUGGAGUAUAGGUCACCAGUCUGGAGGGCUAUCGUCAAGUUCAUGAAAGAGAAGGAUUGUCUCGUUAAAGAAAUUCCAUUUGUAACUGCUUCUGGUAGCCGUUCUGAGGGUGAACCCGAGAACAGUUCUUCUUUAGAUGGAAAACGACAUGGAGUUACAAACAUAACGUUGAAUGCGCAGAUCAUCAAUGCAAUUUUUGGAGAAGAAGGGACGUUGCAGUUUACAACUGACAAGUCUACGUCGGGAGAGAUGAUAACUCAUCAUUUUCCAAUACCUGCAUCUGGUGAGAUAAAUGUUCAGAGUCUGUCGUCCGCUGGGACGCCCUUACAAGAAACAGAGAAAUCGAAGGUCGAGACUGAAGAGCAGAGCAAAGAUGGAGGCAAAUUCCCUUUUCAGGAGGAAGGUUUUGAAGAAUUUAAAAAGGAAAAGCCAGUGCAAGAGACGCAAGUAUCAAGAGAAGCGCAAAAAGUGAAGGACGAGGACAUAAGAAAAGUGGGCGAAGACGAGAGAUUCCAACAAGAAUUUGGUAAAGGAGAGCCACUUCAAGCCGAAAACGACCGUUCCACCGAAGCAAGUGAAAGUUACAAAGAAGAGGCGUCACCCAUACAGGAGACGAUGGCCGCGGGUAAGGGGCCUUUUGAAGAGACUGGGCUUGAAGUUGGCGUGAAGAUACAGCAUUCGGACGAGAAGGAAUAGUAACUACUACCUGAUCUUAAUUUUCACCGGCAAAAAGAAAAUUAAUAGGAAUAUUUAUAGAAUAUAGCGUGUUCAUGGGAAGAUAUGCGUUUAACUUUGUAACUCGCCGUUAAUCCUGUGUAAACAACUAAGGCCUCCAGCUGUCUUCGUCGAUCAUAAUUUUUAACUUUUGAAAAUUUUAUCUAUGCACAACAUUUUGUGUGCCUAAGGUUUUAAGGGAUGCUAUUCUAAUUUGUAGAUUUUGCUAUAAUGAUGUUAUAAUCAAUGGCACUUUGUAAAGGAAAGCAAAGUCUGUACCUUGCCAGAGCUUAUCCUGGUUUCCUUAGCGUGAGGCGAGUAGGAGUACUACCCCUCCCCCCUGGAUUGGGGUGCUGGUUCUUCAGGGUGGAGAGAGGCACUGUGAUAGUAAAGUAUUUUGAUCAAGAACCGAACAAGAUGACCCGGCUAGCUCUCGAACCCAGACUCCAGCGCAUUAAUCAUUGGGCCACAGCGUGUUCCACUAAGUACCUUGUAGGUGGUUAAUUUUAGCGCUUACCAGUCAUUUACUUAAAUUAUCUUACCUACUAAUCUGAGGCAAGCACAAACUAGUACUAGUUUUAAAUCCGGCUGCAGGGGUUUCCUUUUUGAUAAUAAAUAAGUUAAUUAAUCACACAACAUUCAUGGAAAGCAGGCACUUCGCUAUUGUUUUUAUUUUGUUGUUAUUAGAUUUAAUUAAACAAUGUAAUUAAUGCAAUUUUAGUAACUACUUUAAGUCCUGAUGUUUUAUCUGUGUAUAAAUGAAGUUAAAUAAAUAAAUAACUCUCA